AUGUCUCCCCAGUUGCAUCAACAUGCCUCUGGGGGGCCCCUAAAGGAGCCCCCUCCUGAUGUGGGAUCUCAUGGGCCUUCGCAAACACCUGAAAGUGACGAUUUCGAUGGCGGUGGGGGGGGCCCUCCGCUGCUGCCCAAGUUAGAGGGACCUCAGGACGAGGGUUCCCCUUUCCCUCCGAGAUUGCAGGGGCAGCCUCCCCGAGUACACCCCACUGCUCAGGAGAGAGCCCCUGAGCUUGACGGAGACAUACAAUGCUUGAAGCGUCUCAGCAAAGAGGGCCUCUCGCGGCUUUCUGAGGACGAGGGCAGCGCCCUUGACGAGGGGUCCCGUCACGACGAAACGCUUUUUUUUGGUCCCGAAGAUGCCAAGAACGCAUCUCUAGCUAGCCAAAUAGGAUUGGGGGAGGGGCCGCCGUUGUCCUUCAUCUCAACUCGCCCAGGACAUGCACUGCAGGCAAACUGGGGCCCCCUUGGGGUCCCUUUAGGCUCAUCGGUUGAAAAUCCGCAAAAGAGUCCUUUAGUGGCGUGCUUAGAGGGCCCUCUAGAGGCCCACCAAGAGGCCUCUCUAGAGGUUCCCUUAGGUGCAUCUCUUAAGGACCCUUUAGAUGCUCCUCUAGAGGCCCCGUUAGACGCUUCUCUAGAGGCCCAGUUAGACGUCCCUCUAGGGGCCCUCACAGGGGUUCCCGUGGGGGCUUCGCUGAGUGCUUCUCUGCUGUCACCGCAAGACGUGUCCUGGCGUGGAGUACCCCAACGCCCUUCAGAUGAUUCUGCCGUCCCUUCACUGAAUUUCAUGGAUGCCCUCUGCAGCCUUGCAUUGGUUGAUCGGCCUCCUCCCCCCCGCCAGCUGCCGCAGCAGCGGCAGAGAACUGCAGCAGCAUACAGAGCUACACGGCAUGAUUCACUACUUUCCGCCGCCUCCACAGCCUCUUCUGUUGCAAGGGCCCCCCUGAAUGCUUCUGAAGGCAGCAAAGGAUACCGAGGGCCCCCCCAGCUGCCGUCUCUGCGCUCGUCAGGGGACCCUUGGGCCUUCGCAAUGCAAGGGAUGCUACCGGCCCAACAGCAGCAGAAGCAGCAGCGGCAGCAGCAGCAGCGCCCAGUACAACAACAAUCUAUGCAGUUGCAAAUGCUGGAGCACCAAACAGGGCAGCAGAAGCAGUACCUGCCACCCCAGCAGGAGCAGCAACAACGCCGCCCACAGCUGCAGCAGCAUUUCGCGCGGCAACAACAGCAGCGUACACUGCAGCAGGAGCAUCAGGCGCUACAGCAGCUGCAGCAACCGCAUCAGCAGGGGUGGCAGCAGAACGGGGCCCCCGUCAGUGCCCAGCGCAGCCUAAACCACAUAGAGGUCCCCGCAGCCUCCAUAUCAUUUCAAGAAAUGAAAGACCCCCUGUGGUCCCUCACCACGCAUCCAGAAACAGAAGCAGCCUUUGAAUCUGCUUCGAUUCUUCGGGUGCAGCAUCAGGCUAUCUGUUCAGGCAUUCAGCGUCUCCCUCAGCGGGCCCCGCCGGCACAGCUUUAUUCUGUGUGGGGGGCGGAGUCCCUGGAUCCCUCCAGCAGCGGGAGCAGCGGUGUCCAUGAGCAGCAGCUACUGCAGCAACUUCCUUUGCAGGACGCAGCACAAGGGGCUUGUCUUGCUCCAGCAGCGGCAACGGAAGCAUGCCGCCAUCUCCAGGUUGUCAAUUCGGAUUUAGAGGGAGCUGCUAUGCGGCCCUUCUCAGGGGCCCCCGAGGGGCACAGGGGCCGUCCAGGCGAGUUCAAUGUUAUCCUGAAAUGUUAUUUGGAGUUGCUGCUGCGUAAACAGCAGGAACAGCAACGGCAGCGCCAGCAGCAACAACGGCAGCGCCAGCCCCAACAACGGCAACACCAACAGCAGCAGCAGCAACGGCAGCAGCUGCAGCAGCAGCAGCGGCUGUUCCAGCGAGGCGUUCGAAGGCAAAGGGGUCAGAGGGGGGCUCCAGCUGCUCCACUAGGGGUGUUUGGUGCUGCACAGCUAAGGGGGGACCCUCCAGGAUGGGUUGUGGCUGCUGGGUAUCUGCAACAGCAGCAGCAGCCGCCGCAGUUGCUGAUCCGAGCAGCAGCAGCAGCAGAGGAACGGUCUCCAGCGACAAAUGUUGUCAUAAAUGCACUACCGACAGCAUCUCGUUCUGAGGGAGGCGCCCAGGGUCCCCCCCAAGUGGCCCACCUUGGGGGGAUAUCAACCUCAUGGCCCCCUUGUCAUGACCCUGUGAGAGCAAGACUGAUGCAGUUCGUUAAAUCCCCUGGUGUAGAGUCAUUCCCAGCAGCAGCAGAGGGAGCCGCAGCUUACAUGGUCCCAGAUUUGCUUCAAGGAGGCCCCCCUUGUAUAUCUUGA